UUUGAAUGGUCAAAAUCCAACAAAACACCAGGUUGCACUGAUAUGUAUUGAUAAAUUCGAAUGAAUUCAUUUUUGUCAACCUUACGCAUCGUAUACUUAAGCUUAACUCAGGUGCGAUCAGUGCAAAAACGUAACGUACUUUCGUUUCAACUCGAACUGUGAUAGCCUCGAGAUUAUUAAUGCCAAUUCAUGAAAGCAACUCGUAGAUAUUAAUUAUAUCACCCUGCUGCCUACUUAACAAAGUUCUCAAUACAUUUAAAAUUUAGUGUAUUGUCAACAAACUAUUGAGCAAGGCUACAAAAAAUUGUCAUGUCAUGCUGCGAUUUAAGUCACAAAACUGCGAUAGCUCUGUCAUGUGGGCUGAUUCUUUUCGUAGCGGAGGGAAUAAAUUACUCGUUAAUGGCGCCAUUUUUCCCAAAUGAAGCCGAACGGAAGAAAGACAUCUCGAAGUUUGUGGUCGGGGCGAUUGUAGCGUCGAACGAUGUCGCGAAUAUUGUGUUUUCAAUUCUAUUGCCACUUUGUGCCAAACCAGAACUCAAUAAAUUCUUCUUUGUUUCUGGAGCAAUUAUUGGAGCCACUGCCAACAUAUGUCUUGGGCUACUGGGCGACGGACCAGGUGGCUAUUGGUUCGCCUCCAUGUGUUUCCUCUGUCGGACACUGACUGGAAUCGGAGCUGGCUUGAUCUGGUCAACUGGAAUCCCCUUGUUAACUUCUUUGGCUCCCAAAUACGCUGGCCGAGUCAGUUCUUUGGCCGAGUCAGGCGUUGGAUUAGGCGUGACCAUUGGUCCCCCCUUGGGCAGCCUUCUUUUUUCAUUAGGGGGGUACAAGUAUCCAUUCAUUAACUCGGGAGCAAUCGAGUUAUUCUUGACUAUGUUUGUUAUCUUUUCGCUUCCUGCUCCAACAGUGCAAAACAAAAGGACACAGAUAUAUGACAGCGACGAUGAAGCAAUCCUGCACGACUCAAAUAACAGUGACGCCAUGUCAACAGAUGUUUCGCUACUUCAGCCGAACUCUAAUAAAAAUAACCGCAAUCACACAUCUAGCGCAGCAGCGACUAGUACUGUUCAAGCUGUUGUCUUUUUCAUGUCUCAACCCGGAAUUUGGGCAUUCAGUUUCGUUAUGCCCCUAUUUGGGGUCCCCUUUGGACUGCUUGAUGUUUCGAUGUCGCCCUUUUUGAAGGAUCAUUUUGAGGUCGAUGGAAAUACGGCUGGACUGUACUUCUUGUCAUUGGGCGCUCUCUACGCCGUUGCAGCUCAAUUUGUCGGCUACGCAACCGAUAAAGGGUUUGCGUGUUAUACGUUUGUGUGGUGCUCGAGCCUUCUGGUUCCAGUGAACCUUAUGUUCUAUCUGCCUUCUAUCUUCCCUUUCCUACUUCACAAGUACUACAUAGUGGUCGUGCUGGCUUUCACUGGACUGUUUCUGUCCGGUGUGUUCGUGCCAGUCUUCUUCAUACUGCAUGAACUGGCUCUGUCUCUGGGGUUCCCCCCACAAAACAAGGACCAGCUCCAGUUGGUCAUCGGAAUCUGGAUGAACUUCUUUUUGGCAGCUGGCAGAAUUUUGGGAUCUGUCUUGUUUGGCGGUAUCAUAUACCCUCACUUCGGAUUCGAAAAGUCUUUUCUGGCAGUGUUCGGCUAUUCUCUGGUCGGCUCUCUGAUCAGCAAUGGUUACUUGGUGCUAUCUGGAAACUAUAGACGGAUGUAUUACGACAUAGCUGUAUUAUUGGAGGAGGAAGAGAAUUUAGACAGAGAUUGAACUGUGGCAUUGGUAGUUCAAGGUGUAAUUCUGAAGUAAUUUGUAAAUAGAUGGUAUAUCGUAUUUCCUUCAGCCUCUCUUUUUUCUA